AUGUCUCUUCUUCUCCAGCCUCAGUCUGGCCAGGCUUACUCUGCAUCGCCCUCUUCCUGUUCUGCGUACAACAACCGGGUUUUUUCAACUAUGACUAAUCACCCACAUCCGGCACCAGAUAUGAGUCUUCAAAAUUCUGGUUGUAUAAGCGGAGUAGGCGCUGUUGGUACCCUUAUAGAUGAGGUAUCUUGUGCGGAGGCCACUCACCAUUCUCAUCAAUCAGGUCCCCGAGAGUCUCCGGCUUCUACAUCGCCAAGUCUGCAUGGCUCUAGCCCCUAUAUGCCUACCGCCCAGCUGCCUUUCAGUGCUUCCUGGUGGUCUAGUGGACCAACGAUGACCGCUGCUUCUGGUGAUAUGGAGGCCAGCAUUGAAGCGGCAUCUGGCCUUGGGACAGCAACUCUGAAUGGUGCAUCAGUUUCCAGUAUCAUUACUAUGAAUAAUAAUGUCAGCAAUAAUAGCAACAACGAAGACUACAACGAAGUAGAUGUCUCAUCUUUUGGCGCUAAUGGACAACCUUCGUCUCAUUUCCCAGAGAGUUUGGAGGCUGAAGAGAAAGCCGUCAGACGAGAAGCUCGUGAUAAGCGCAGACAAGAGCGCGAGAAGCGACGUAAGGAGAAGCAUCUUGCAAGGCAGCAGCUCCAAAACCAGCGAGAUAAUUUGCAUAAUCCUAGUUAUCAAACGUCUGGAAACCUUAUAUCUCGUGUAGAAUCCCAACAGAUGUUGAUUGCUUCGAACGCAAGUGUGCCGGAAAAUGAUUAUUCUCAAGUCCCUGCCGGACAUGUUGAAAGUCCUCAGUCUACCGGCAACUCGCUCCACAGUCGAUCGGGAUUUCUUCAACUUGGGCUUCUUUCCGAUGUGGUAGCCUACGAGGAGGACUUUGGUGACGCUGGAAGUCCAUUAUCUCCGCACCUAGCUGGCCCGCUUGGCGACAAACGAGAGCAGAGGAAAAAAGUAAUCAGCGAGAAGCACGACCGGGAUGAAGUCGUGAAUGAAGGAGGUGGUGGUCAAAAGGAAAGGGCAUUCCAACAAGCAGAACAACUCAAAUAUGCUAAUAUUGAGAUGAAUGAUUCUGGGGAGUUGAGACGACAAGAACGUCACGAACGUCGAGAGCGUCGUCGGCAGCAGAGAGAGCUGCUAAAGCGACAGAAAGCUAGCUUGAACUGUAUAACCCAGGCGAGCAUUAUUUUUUCUGAUUCCGGUUAA